CUGGUGGACCACAGCAGCCUGGACAUCUCGCGGUGGGUGGUGAGCAGGGUCUUCUACAAGGGGCAGUACUACCGGGACAUGGCGCAGCUGGAGGGCGCCUACGUGCAGGGUCGCGUCAGCAUGGAGAAGGUGAGGAGGGCGCCGCGGGACGGGGACUUCUCGUCCAUGAAGCCCCGAGCGCCGCCGGCCGCACUGUUCCCUCUGCAGUACGAGCCCCAGGGUCCCCGCUACAGCGUCAGGAACAACCAUGUCCUCUUCCAGGGCUGGAGCUUUGCCUUCGGGCUGAGCGCGAGCACGGGCCUGCGCCUGUUUGACGUCCGGCACAGGGGGGAGAGGGUGGCCUACGAAAUCAGUGUCCAAGAGGCGCUGUCGGUGUACGGCUCCAACUGCCCCGGGGGGAUGUCGACGCGGUACAUGGACGGGAGCUUUGGCAUGGGGCGCUACACGUCCCCCCUGGUGCGGGGGGUGGACUGCCCGUACUCGGCCACCUACGUUGACACGCACGCGCUGUCCGCGGCCCUGCGCCCCCGCCGCAGGAGGGCUUCCCUCUGCAUCUUUGAGCAGAACCUGGGCUCCCCGCUGCGGCGCCACUACUCCACCCUGCAGUCGCUCUACUAUGGGGGGCUGGUCAACUCCGCCCUGGUCGUUCGCUCCAUCGCCACCGUGGGCAACUACGACUACGUGUGGGACUUCAUCUUCUACCAGAGCGGGGCCAUCGAAGGCAAGGUGCGGGCCACGGG